AUGACAAAUGUUCGAAUGUCUCCUGAAAAGGAGCAAGAGAUUGCAUCGAAAAUUCUUCAGAGAGCUGAAUUGGCUCAAAUGACGCGUCAAUUGAAACUUGGUUUGAGUAGAGUACCCACUCCAAAAUUGACCAAUGCUCUAUCAAGAGAAUCCAGUAAUUUAGAUGAUGAUACAGCAUCGAAAAAACGUUCUAGUAACGAUUUCCCACAUGGUGAUAGAGAGUCUAAUGAUCUAGAUAAAACUGAAGAUUCAAUCACCAAUACGUCACCUUUGAAAAAGCGCGACAUCGUCAAGGCCAACCAGAGUCAUUCAUCAUCUUCUUCUUCUUCUUUAGAUUCUGAAGCAAUUCCAUCUUCAAGUUCCACGUCAACUUCAAAUGAUAAUGACAUUAUGACGACGAACAGGACACUUAUGAAGAGCCCAAUUCGUGCUGCUUCUCCCCCUAUCACCACAACUAACAUUCCACGGAACGUACCAUCAACCCCUGGAAGACACGCUUCAAGCGGUACUUUCAUGACACCUAAACGUGGAUUGUCUACAAAGAGAAGUUCAUUUAACGAUAGUAAUAACAAUCAUGAAACUGAUUCAGGCGCUGAUUUAUUGAUGUAUUUGGCUACAAGCCCCUACGUCUCUGCAAGAAGAAAUUCGAUACAAAAAGGUACUCAGGUUCUCCCCACUACCCCAUCGCAUUACUAUAACAUUUCAAAUUCAAAUAAUAACAACGACCCAGUAAGAUUUUCUUCCAUAAAACCAUCGAUAUCUUCACCACAAUCGACAUUCAAAGUGCCUCCUUUGAUUAGUAAUAAUACUAACAGUAAUAAUACGCUAUCAUUUGAUGAUGUUUUAAUGGCCUCUCCUUCAAUUUUCAGUAACAACACACACAAUAAUACGGUAGCUACUGCACUAACGCAGCAGAAGAAAACACCAUCAAAGUCAGAUGCUCCAAGUACACCUUCAAGGGAAUUGACGCAGCAGACAAACCUUGCUACACAGCCAAUGAGUUCCAAUGUCAACAACAUUAAUGCUAAAAAUCUUUUAAAAACACCAAAUUUCAAUAUGGGAGAUUAUAUUCAUAAUUUAUUCAGUCCAUCACCUAACUUUUCAUUCAGACGAAACAGUUUAACGAAUUUCAAUUUUAAUCAAGAUUUAGGUAAAUAA